AGACUUACAGAACGGAAACCAGUCACUUACAGAACGGGAACCAGUCUGUAGGAAAUCACAGGACAACAACAAAAACAAUGCGACUAAGUUCUUUUCUUAAUACUAUCAGUUGGUGCUAAACUCAAAUUUGAUAGCGGUAUCAGAAAUACCUACGCAACAUUGACAGUUUUAACUAAGUAACAGACAACAAGAUGUCACUAUUUAAGACUUUGGUUGAUGGUAUGAGCUCUGGGAUAAGUUCUGUUGGUAAUAUUGUCACAGCAAGUAUAAACCCUUACAAGGUGCAGGUAGUGAAACAAGAGUCUUAUAACAGUUUACAAACAGAAUUGAAGAGUGAGUAUGUCAAGUUAUACAAGAAACCAGGUUGUUUUGAAUGUGUGUUUUCUCAUCCUGGGGCUACACAGAAGUUUUACAGUUUGUUCCGUCUUACAAAGGAUGUAGAAGCUAAAACAUUCUACAAGCAGUUGAACAUUAUUUUAUCUCUGCUGGUUCAGAGUUCAAGCUCCCUCAGUCAGGAUGAUAAGAUCCAGGGUGUGUGUGACACUAUCAGAGACCAUCCUACCUGGAACUGUGCUCAUGUUGCUGCUUAUAAUGGCUUCUUCGAGGCAUUCAAAAAUCCAGAAAUAGAAAAUAUGAUAAAUGCUGCUGACAGUGUAUCAGGUGUUACACCACUGAUGGCAGGUGUGAUAGGUAGAGAAAAACAUUGUGUUCAUGAGAUGUUGAUACAUAAUGCACAGAUUGAUAUGGCAGACUUCAAGGGCAUGACAGUAUAUCAUUAUGCUGUAAAACAUCUACCUGAGGUGUUAGAGUUUUUGUUUGAUCAAGACAAGAAUCAAGUAUAUGACUGGAUGGAUGAGAAAGGUCAAACACCACUAUAUAAAGCGUGUCUUAACCCCCCUGAUGUUGUUACAGGCGAACCCCCUGUGGAGAAACAUGUGAUUGUAGAGACGUUAUUAGAGGGAGGGGUUGAUCCUGCUAUAUCCAAGUCUAACAGAUUACCUAUACAUGUAGCAGUAACCCUGGGGGAGACAAAGAUUAUAGAGCUGAUCAUAAAGAAACAUCCAAGUCAGAAAGAGGCAGGAGACAAGAAAUAUAAUGGGAGACCACUCCACUGGGCUAAAACUAGAGAGGUAACAGAGUUACUAUGUAAGCUAGGCUGUGAUGUUGAUGGAUUAAGUGGUACAAAUCAUGCUCCUAUAAUGAUAAUGUUGAUGAAGAAUCGUACAGACUGUCUAAUGGAGCUGUUGUGUUAUGGAGCAUUGUGUAAUAUAGGUGACAGUAAUGGUGACACACCUCUACAUAUAGCUGUACAGUGGCAGCAACACACCAAGAUGAAGACUAGUCAAGAUGAUAUAGACCUUGUGAGAAUAUUUGUGGUAUUUGGAGCUGAUGUUAACCAGAAAAAUUCUACCAGUCAUUCUCCGAGACACGUUGCUGCUGUGUCAAAAGGCAAAAAUAAGGAUGUGAUAUUACACAUGUUGCAUGUUUCUGGUGCUAAGAGAUGUGACUCAUCAGUAAAAGGCUGUAUGGCAGGUUGCUCAUCUGAAGGAAGAUUUAAUGGAAAGCCUGAUGAACGAUGCAAAUCUUUGUUCAACCUUGACAAAAUGGCUUUAUUUGAUGACAUGUUAUGUACUGCUGUUAGUUGUACUGCUAAAUAUGAUAACGGUAAAGGGGAGGCAUUACUGGACCUUGCUGAUGGACCUACAGAUAUAGGAGAUAGAAUAUUAUGUCUUGAUGGUGGAGGUAUAAGAGGGCUGGUUCUUGUUCAAUUGUUAGCUGCAUUACAAGAAGCAGCUGGGGUACCACUCAAGGAUAUGUUUGACUGGAUAGGUGGAACAAGUACCGGGGGUCUUCUAGCCUUGGCAAUAGGUGUAGGUAAAAACAUUUCAUAUAUUAGAGGAAUGUAUUUCCGAUUGAAAGAUGAAGUUUUCAAGGGAUCAAGACCGUAUGACUCGGAACCUUUUGAAAUGUUGUUGAAGAGAGAGUUUGGAGAAACCAAAGUUAUGACAGACAUUAAAACACCAAAAUUAAUGGUGACAGCUAUUUUGGCAGACAGGUUUCCGGCUGAGUUACAUAUGUUCCGUAACUAUCAACCAACAUUAGAUAAACCUGUAGAAACUAAAGGAAAUAAUGACCAGUUUGAAAAAAUUCCACAGCCACAUGAGCAGUUGAUAUGGAGGACAGCAAGAAGUACGGGGGCAGCACCGACAUAUUUCCGUGCAUUCAGACAAUAUAUGGACGGAGGGUUAAUCUCAAAUAAUCCUACACUUGAUGUUCUAACAGAAUUACACGAGUAUAACACAGGAUUAAAGUUCAGGAGAUGGUGUGCCAUUCAGAAACAAGAAAAACUUGGUGGAACUUUACAGAAUGAGCCCGAUUUAGUGCGACCCCUGGGCUGUGUUGUAUCACUAGGAUGUGGGCGCGUUCCUGUUAUACCGCGAGAUUAUAUAGAUGUAUAUAAACCUAGUGGUAUAUUUGAUGCUCACAAGGUGUAUAAAGGAACAACAGCAUUAGUAUCUUUACUUAUUGACCAGGCAUCAGUGUCAGAAGGUCGGCCUGUAGAUAGAGCACGAGCUUGGUGCAGUAUGAUCAAUGUACCAUUCUACCGGUUCAGCCCUCAACUCUCCGAGGAUAUUUCCCUCGACUGUACAGACAAUAAAACUCUCAUCACAAUGUUAUGGGAGACACAGUGUUAUAUUAUAGCUAAUAAAUCUAGAAUUGAACAAGUUGCCCAACUACUUACAUCAAGUCUUCAUUGUCAAAAAAGUCAGGUUCAAGGACAAAAUUUGAAGGGAUCUGAUUUGCAGGAUACAAAGUUACAUGCUGCAACUUCCUGGUAAAUUAUAUUUGAUGAAUGAAUGAUGUCAGAUUGACUAAUUAUAUUUAGUAAUUUGAUCAUGUGAUGAUAUGAAACAUGGAUGAUUUCUGUAUCAUUUAAUCUAGUGUCAAAAUAUACAUUCCAUUUUAAUAAUAUUAGUAAUAUUGUAACAGCAAUAAUGCCCUUGAUUUACUAGCUCACCAGAGCACCAUUAUGGCCCCUAACUCAUCCAUCUAACGUUCAAGAUCAGAGGGAAGAGUCAUAAAACUGUAAAAAAACAACAACAGAUUUAUUCUGUUAUGAUACAAGAAGAGGUCAUGCCCUUUUGUUCAACAAAAGUAAAAUGAUAUAGAGGAUAUUUGUUUAGUUCAGUGUAAGAUCGGAAUAUAUUUCACCGAGUGAGCACCAAAAGGUAUAUUUCACGAGUGGCGCAGCCACGAGUGAAAUAUGAACUUUUGGUGUUUACAAGUAUUUCACUGAAACAACGUAAUGGGCUUAAAUUUAAAACAGUGAAAUUAUCAAAGUGGUAAUUUCUAUGUUUCAAACAGUGAAAUUACCAGUUUUAUAUCACUGAUAUAUUUCUAUAAACCACGAAAAAGCAUGUAAUAAAUAAGGCCAUCCUUAAAAAAAUGUUUGUUUGCAGUAACGCGACCGACUCAUAAAAUUUGCCCCUACUCAAAAUUUUUUUUCAUGGUCUGGAUAAAAAAUAUUUUUUUUUGAAUCAGAAAAUUAUGCCUUGUGCUUUGUUUUUGUUCUUUUAAAGGUUAAUAGAAGAAAUAAAAUGUAGGUCUUAUUAAAUUAGAAUUCAGUUAUCAAUUUAUUAAUUCUUACCAGAUUAUCAAAGCAUAUAUUGUCCAGCAUUUUGAAAUUCCAUGUUUAUUUUGGAGUACAGUUCAAUAAAAAAAAAAAAAAAAUCGACC